UUUGAACCGUUGAAAGGAUAAACCACCGUCAAGCUGGGUAACUGCAUCGAAAGUGUUGCCGUGAUCCAAUCCAAAUUUGUCAAGCGCGGUCCAAUGACGCCGGUGCUGUACUAUCUGCCACCAUCGCCACCGUGCCGAUCGGUGCUGCUGCUGGCCAAGAUGAUCGGUGUGGAGUUGGAUCUAAAAACACUCAACGUAAUGGAAGGCGAACAACUGAAACCAGACUUUGUAGAGCUGAACCCACAGCACUGCAUACCAACGCUGGACGAUCACGGGCUGGUGCUAUGGGAAAGUCGCGUCAUUCUCUCGUACCUGGUGUCAGCUUACGGCAAGGACGAGAACCUCUAUCCAAAAGAUUUUCGUUCCCGUGCCAUCGUCGAUCAGCGCUUACACUUCGAUCUCGGUACACUCUAUCAGCGUGUCGUCGAUUACUAUUUUCCAACCAUCCAGCUCGGUGCACACCUCGACCAGACGAAGAAGGCAAAAUUAGCCGAAGCGCUCGGCUGGUUCGAGGCAAUGUUAAAGCAAUACCAAUGGUCGGCAGCCAACCACUUCACGAUAGCGGACAUUGCGCUGUGCGUGACGGUGUCACAAAUUGAAGCAUUCCAGUUCGACCUCCAUCCGUAUCCUAAGGUGCGGGCCUGGUUGCAGAAGUGCAAGGAUGAGCUGCAGGGGCACGGUUACAAAGAAAUUAAUGAAACCGGAGCCGAAACUUUAGCGGGUCUGUUUCGAUCGAAGCUGAAGCAGUAG